CAGACCAUGACUGCAAUAAUGGUCCCAGAGAAGUCCAGUCCUGGGCCGAGGUGCUGGCUGAUCCUGACCUUCACAGUGCUCCUGCAGUGUGUCUGUGUGGCCAUGGCUUACUUGUACUUCACCAGUGAGUUGCAGCAGGUGGGUUGCCACCUUUAGAACGGGAUCCACUGUGUCAGAACUGAACAGGACCUCAAGAUCACUGUAGUGAACCAGCUCAAAUCUCAGAGGAAGAACAGACACAGAAGAGAAGCAGACAUUUGUUGAGGGACACACAACUAAUUGAUGGCAGGGCCAGUCAAGGGCAUUGUGACUCAGGAUGCCUAGCCCACACCUGUGAUGUUUCCACCAUAUCCAACAGCUUACUUUUAUUCAAAGGACAAAGGACAGCAGGCCUACUUUAAUUCCAAGCCAUGAGCUUAUCCAAGAUGCAGGACAAGUACUUCAAAACGAGCAUUGCUUGCUUCUUAAAGGAAGAUGACAACUCUUGGGACUUCAAUGAUGAGAAUUUGAACGAUCCUUGCUGGCAAGUAAAGUGGCAGCUGCGACAGUUUGUUAGAAAGAUAAGUUUGGGAACCUAUGAGGAAACCAUUUCUACAGUUUCAGAAAAGCAACAAGCUGGUCCUCCGCUAGUAAUUGGAAAAGGACUUCAGAGAGUAGCCGCUCACGUAACAGGGAAAACUCGAAGCACGACCGCAUUCCCAGUUCCAAAUGCCAAGGAUGAAAACAUUUUGGGCCAUAAAAUAACCUCCUGGGAGUCAUCAAGAAGAGGACAUUCAUUCUUAAGUAAUUUGCACCUGAGGAAUGGAGAGUUAGUUAUCCAUCAAACAGGGUUUUAUUAUAUCUAUUCCCAAACGUACUUUCGAUUUCUGGAACCUGAGAAUGAUUCAACAGUAGGCGUCAGAAAGAAAAACAAACAAAUGGUACAAUAUAUUUACAAAGUCACAGACUAUCCUGAACCUAUACUGCUGAUGAAAAGUGCUAGGAAUAGUUGUUGGUCUAAAGAUUCACAAUAUGGACUCUAUUCCAUCUAUCAAGGUGGAAUAUAUGAGCUUCAAGAAAAUGACAGAAUUUUUGUAUCUGUAACGAAUGCGCAAUUGGUUGACAUGGACCAGCAAGCCAGUUAUUUUGGGGCCUUUUUAAUUGGCUAGAUGAUCUGCACUUUUGUUUUAAUCUUCAUGCAAAUAUGUUUAUUUUUACAUAUAUAUACAUAUAUACAUAUAUACAUAUGUAUAUACUAGAGGCCCAGUGCACGAAUUUGUUCACCAGUGGGGUCCCUCAGUCUGGCCUGCGGGAUCGGGCUGA